AUGGCAGCCUCGAUGAAUGAUCAAGUGCGGAUGUCCUUCCUGCCAGGGGUGGCCGUGGCGGAAGAUGGCACAGCUGAAGGACGAGAAGGGCCGGCGCAAAAAAAUAACACGAAACUAGCGGAUGCCGCGCCAGUGGUAGCUAAAGAGGGAUGCCUGGAUUCUGACGAUGGCGGCGACUACGGUUCGGAUCAGCGGGGAAGCGAUUCCGAUGACUACAACUACUCUGAUUCGGAUUCGGAAUGCGAAUGUGGAGGGGAAUGGCCGAAGCAUCCCGCGGAAGUUGAUGCGGACGAGUUUAUCGACGGCGUGGACGGUAUAUCCGCGAGCGUCCAGUUAUCCCCGACCCUGACGAAUGUCUGGGUUUAUGUCGAUCCUCGGAGGCUUUCCGAGGGCCGUGCUCCUGGCACUUGUGUCAAGACCGUCGGCCUGGAUCCCAGCAAAGGAGUGGUGGUGAUGCUCACCACCCCCCAUGACUACAUGUCGUCAGGCAAGAUCCCGCAAGUGAAGUGGGCAAGGCAGGUGGCACCGACGGCGAUGGACAAGCAGAAAAUGGACACCUACGGAAGCACCGGGAAGACUUUCCCGCACGAGUGGAUGCUCUGCGGGAAGAUACAGGCCCAGUUGACGCGAGCUUGGUCCCAAGGCAAGAGGGUAUCACGCACGAGCGACGAACACGUCAAAGGAGGAGACCGACCCGAGCAAGAGAUGGGCGGCGAUGUCUGCCGUGACGGUGGAUCCCAAGUUCGAGAGGGUGGGGUAACGGCGGCGACGACGGCAGGAGAGGGGAGGGCGAACGAGGAGACGGGCGGGGGGAAGCUUGACAGCGCUGCAAUACGUCGGGCGGUUAAGAUGAUUUGCGAGUCCACGGUGGUGUCGGCGGGGCUUGCUGCCUAUGUUCUGCGGAUCUCAAAGGUGCCUUGGGAAGGGUGCUACCGGAGUGGUGCUACGGGAUGA